AGGAAAAAGUCCAUGAUUAUUCUUCAAUCCAUCAUCAAUAACUCUUCGAAAAUUAAAUCAGGAAUGGAAGGAGAAAUAGGUUUACCACCCAAUUAUGAUCAUCUUCAGCAGGAGCUCUCUUUUUCUGCUCCUCAUGAAAUGGGGUAUUUACAGUUUGAGGAUCAUAAUCAAGCCAUCAGCUUUUUGGAGGCACCCUCACAAACUUCUCCGGUGCCACGGCGUCUUCACUGCGGUGGUGGAGGCAGCAUUAUUAAGCCAACCAACGCCAGCAGUGGUGGCUCCCUAGGGUUCAGCCAUAGUGAACUUCUGAAUCGACCUUCAUGUGCUAACGUCGACCAGGUAGGAACAGCUGAUCCCAAGGCUGUUAAUGAUGAAAACUGCAGUGGUAAUGCCAACGAGGAUGGGAAUUCAUGGUGGAGGAGUUCAUCCUUAGAGAGGAGAAAGGGCAAGUUGAGGAGAAAGCUAAGAGAGCCAAGGUUCUGUUUCCAGACAAGGAGUGAUAUAGAUGUGCUUGAUGAUGGUUACAAAUGGAGAAAAUAUGGACAGAAGAUUGUCAAGAACAGCCUUCAUCCCAGAAGUUAUUACCGAUGCACAUAUAGUAAUUGUCGAGUCAAGAAAAGGGUUGAAAGGCUAUCAGAGGAUUGUCGAAUGGUAAUAACAACGUAUGAAGGUAGACACAACCAUUCUCCUUGCGAUGACUCAAACUCAUCUGAAAAUGAGUGUUUCACCUCAUUCUAAUUAUUCGUCUAAAGAUGCAAACAGUGUUGCUUAAAGUUUUAUAUGGUGAGCUUGCAUGAAAGCUUGGAUGGCUUUAGUUACCUUUACUGGCUAUGCUUGAUUUGUUGAAAUCACUCAACAUAUAUACGAGUAAAUAUUGAAGUUUUGGCAUGUAAAAUUGAUUGCUUGAAGCAUCAGUUUUCACCAAAGUGAAAAUCAAAUCAGAAAGAUUUCCUCUUAAUUAUUUAGGAUGUGAUUACAAAAGGCAUCAAGUUCAAUCCAUUCCUUUAAUAGUGGUUAAUA